AUGGUUGAGGCGCUGGAUGAUGCAGAGGGGCUGUUUGUUGCCGUGGAGAGAUGUCCGCUUUGCAACACCGCCAGACGCAGACUGACCUGCGCCGGUGCAUUCAGAACGGGGAUUUCGUAUAUUUUGAUGGGAGAAAUCCGGAGAGUCUAUAUUUCCAAACCAGUUUUUUUGAUUAUACACAGGAAUAUUGUGUCAACAGUGAAUCUUGCUUGUCCUCUGGAUCUCAAAUCCAUUGCACUUCAAGCUCGAAAAUGCUGAAUACAACCCAAAGCGUUUGCUGCAGUUAUAAUGAAUCGUGAACCAAGAACUACCGCUCUCAUUUUCAGCUCUGAAAUGGUCUGCACUGGAGCCAAGAGUGAGGAGCAAUCUCGCCUUGCUGCACGGAAAAUGCUCGGGUGGUACAGAAAACUUGGUUUCCCUGCCAAAUUCCUUGACUUCAAAAUCCAAAACAUGGUUGGAAGUUGUGAUGUCUGCUUUCCUAUACGCUUAGAAGGCCUGGUCCUCACUCACCAGCAGUUCAGCAGCUAUGAGCCGGAGUUGUUUCCUGGUUUGAUAUAUCGCAUGGUGAAGCCACGUAUUGUGCUGCUGAUUUUUGUAUCUGGGAAAGUUGUGCUCACAGGUGCAAAAGAGCGGGCAGAGAUCUAUGAAGCCUUUGAAAAUAUUUACCCCAUCCUGAAAGGGUUCAGGAAGCAGUAGAAGCACUGCACUUAAUGUGAAUAUAAUGAUGUGCUUCGUAUGUGUUAGUGGUACUUCAAAGGUUUGAAUGCAAUAAUUGAAUCUCACUUUUGUUAUUGCACUUUGUUUAUUGUCUUUAUGUUUACUUUGUAAUGUCUGCAUUAGUGAGGGUUGCUGAGAUAACAGAGCAUCCUAAAAGUGUACUGUAAAGAGUAAAUGAUUCGUUAAAAUAUUCAGCUUUACCCUAUGUGGACUCUCGAAUGGAGACAGAAAGUAUCCUCUUCAGUUAUGACUAUGUUUUGUCCCUCUUGUACAUGUUGAACUGCUUCUUGCUGAUGCAGGUAAAUAAAUUUGAACACUUCUCUUUUG